AUGACCCAGACUCUUGGUAACCUGGGCGGCGGCUGGGCAUCCUCUGCUCCAUUUCGCAGUGGGUCUUCCUGCCACCAAAGGCGUAAGGGCGCUCCGGUUUACAAGCCACGGCACCGCUAUGGUCCCAAGGCGGAGAAUGAGCCCCCGAAGAAACAACCGAAACAACAACACCAUUGCGGCCAUUGGUUCCAACCACCCCAAAGUCCUUAUUGGGCCAUGUACUCUCACUGGGGGUGCUGGGGAGGGCCCUGGUGCCCACCUCCAAUGGGAUAUCAGAAGCCCCCAGGGCCAGUGCAAGUGACCCGAAUGUAUGGUCUGCACCCUGUCUGCCUUUGCUGUUGCUCCUGCUGCCAUGGGCCCUGGAACCCGGGCUGGUUGAGGCCUCCUGGCAGGAAGAAGCGGUGGGGCCGCAGAGGCGGUGGCUUGCGCCGCCACCCUCGCCGCCCCUUCAAGAGGAGCCCACCCAUGGAUGGGAGCACCCUGCUGCGGCCAGUCAACCUGUGUGGGUGGCGGGUGCCUGAUAUGCGGAUGCCAGGCUUGCAGGCACCCCGCAACACCACCCAGUUCAUCAUGAACCAGAUCUACGAGGACAUGCGACAGCAAGAAGAGCUGGAGCGCCAACAGGAGGCACGGCGGGCUCAGCAGGCCCAGGCAGGCGGAAACGAUGCACCCCUCAGUGGUGGUGAGGAAGACACAGAGCUGCAGGACACCUUCUACGGUUUUGGGCAGAAUCCUCUGGCCUUGAGUCCUGACCCUGAGCAGGAAAACCAGUUUCCUGCCCCACAGCUUGUGGAGGAAGAAAAAGAGGAGAAAAAUGAUGAGCAUGACGAGGAGGAGUGUGAUGGGAAGGAGGAAGAGAGUGAGGAGGAAGAUGAAGAGGCCGAGGCCCAGGAUGAAGAGGAGGUGGAAGAGCCUGACUUUAAAGAGGAGGAGGAGGAAGAGGAGGAGGAGGAGGAGAAAAUAGAAGAGAAGGAGGAAGCUGAGGGAAUAGAAGAAGAGGAGGGGCUGGAGGAGGAUGAGCAGAGAGAGGAAGAGAAUUGUUUGCCUUUGGAUAUGCCUUUAUCAUUCCUGCUGGGGGAUGAGGAAGAGAGAGAACUUUAUAAACUGUUCCUAUUUAAGCCGCCAACAGAUAAUUCCUAA